CCCUCCCAACCCCUCUUCUACCCCUCAACUUUUGGCUGCGGCCAUCUCUCCAGACUCCAAUCCAUCCUUGCCCUUACUCUCUUUUUCCGGUUUUCUCCUCUCUCUUUCUCUCUCCCUCAACCAACUUACCCGCCAUUUUCAAAUUCUUCUGUAUUCUGUUAUUAACUGCUCCUUCAAAAUCCAGUUUCUCUUGUCGCAAAGACAAACCCUAAUUAGCUUUUUGGGUUUCUUUUCUUCUGUGAAGGUUGAAGAACAGUGCAGAAGGAUCAACCAUCAAAACCCGGAUCUUUUCUUGGCUUUUUUGUCUGGGUUUUCGAUUUAAAUUAGGCCCAGAUGAUUUAUAUUCUCUGUUUUGGUUCGGCAGUUUCAAAGAUUGGAUUUUUAUGUGAAAAACCAAGGGCUUUCUGUUUUUGAGCUGCUUUUUAGCUGUAAAUGAAAAUAUUUGUUUGGUUGGCGAUGGAAAUUGAAUAUCCUGUUGCUUCCAGUUGUCUGCGUCAACAGUGACAACAGCAAGUGAGGUUAUUAAGUUCUUGACUUCUGGUGAGUUGUGACUGAAGUAACUGAAGGAAAAUGGCGAGCCAUGAAUUGAUGAUCAGCAAAAAUCAUAAUGUAGGCCUCAGCCAGAACCCAAAGGUUGUUCUAGGACAUAAUCACAAUGUUACUAUGGCUCAGAACCAUGAGCAUGAUGUGGUUUUGACUCGAGAUAGUGAAGAAAUGGUUUUGAGUCAGAGUCAUGAUGAUGAUGAUCAGGAGGAUGAUGGAGAUGAAUACGAGCAAGAAAACGGGCUAUCAGUGGAGCAGAAGCCUGAAAAUGAAGGACAAGAACUUUCUCUUCCUGGAGAAACUGAAGAGUUGGAUGUAUCCGAGCACAAUGAGUUGGCUGUUUCAGGAAAUCAAGAGCUUGAUGAGAAUAUGGAAUUAGCCAUUGUUCAAAAUGAGGAAAUGGGUAUUGUGCCUGCAGAUGACAUGGAUGCUGAAGGCCAACUUUUGCUUACAUCCACCCCUGUGCUCCAGGCACGUACACUUGCUAUAAGUCCCAAUUUCGAGCUGCAUGUGGGACAGGAGUUUGCUGAUGUUAAAAGCUGUCGAAGAGCUCUGCGGGACACGGCUAUUGCUCUUCACUUUGAAAUGCAAACCAUUAAAUCAGACAAAACUCGUUUUACUGCUAAAUGUGCUGCUGAGGGAUGCCCCUGGCGGAUACAUGCUGCAAAGCUUCCUGGUGUACCUACUUUUACUAUAAGGACCAUCCAUGACAAUCAUACAUGUGGAGGAAUCUCUCAUCUUGGUCAUCAGCAAGCUUCAGUUCAGUGGGUGGCUAACUCUGUGGAGCAGCGGCUUCGGGAAAACCCUAACUGCAAGCCAAAGGAGAUCUUGGAAGAAAUUCACCGAGCGCAUGGCAUCACCUUAUCCUACAAGCAAGCUUGGCGUGGAAAGGAGCGAAUCAUGGCUGCUAUGCGUGGCUCCUUUGAAGAAGGUUACCGCUUGCUUCCUCAAUAUUGUGAACAGGUCAAGCGGACUAACCCCGGAAGUAUUGCUUCCGUUUAUGGAAGUCCAAGUGAUAAUUGCUUCCAGAGGCUUUUUAUAUCAUUUCAAGCAUCAAUCUAUGGCUUUCUAAAUGCUUGUCGGCCCCUCCUAGGUCUUGAUAGGACUUUCUUAAAAAGCAAGUAUCUUGGUACUUUACUGCUAGCUACUGGUUUCGAUGGAGAUGGUGGCCUGUUUCCUUUGGCAUUUGGUGUCGUCGAUGAGGAGAAUGAUGAUAACUGGAUGUGGUUUCUUUCUGAACUUCAUAACUUGCUGGAGAUCAACACAGAGAACAUGCCUAGGCUCACAAUUUUAUCAGACAGGCAGAAGGGCAUCGUAGAUGGUGUGGAAGCAAACUUUCCGACAGCUUUCCACGGGUUUUGCAUGCGUCAUCUGAGCGAAAGUUUCCGUAAGGAAUUCAACAAUACAAUGCUUGUAAACCUAUUAUGGGAAGCUGCUCAUGCUCUUACAGUAAUUGAAUUUGAAGCUAAAAUUCUUGAGAUUGAAGAGAUUUCACAAGACGCUGCAUAUUGGAUUCGGCGAGUUCCUCCUCGUUUAUGGGCUACAGCUUACUUUGAGGGAACAAGGUUUGGCCAUUUGACAGCUAACAUUGUGGAACAACUGAAUACUUGGAUACUGGAAGCGUCGGGUCUUCCAAUAAUUCAGAUGAUGGAGUGUAUAAGAAGGCAGCUCAUGACUUGGUUUAAUGAGCGCCGAGAGACUAGUAUGCAGUGGACAACAAUCCUUGUCCCUACAGCGGAGAGGCGUGUAGCAGAGGCCCUAGAACGUGCUCGCACAUACCAGGUUCUUCGUGCAAAUGAAGCUGAAUUUGAAGUAAUAUCUCAUGAGGGGACAAAUAUUGUUGAUAUACGAAAUCGCUGUUGUCUUUGUCGGGGCUGGCAGCUAUAUGGUUUGCCCUGUGCACAUGCUGUAGCAGCACUACUCUCUUGCAGGCAAAAUGUCCAUCGGUUUACUGAGAGCUGUUUCACUGUUGCAACUUACCGAAAGACAUACUCGCAGACGAUACAUCCAAUACCAGAUAAAACAUUAUGGAAGGAGUUAUCUGAAGGAAACGCAAAUGAUAGUAAUGUUGGCGAGACUAUUAUCAAUCCUCCUAAGUCUCUUAGGCCACCUGGUCGACCAAGAAAGAAGCGAGUCCGAGCAGAAGACCGAGGACGUGUAAAGCGAGUUGUGCAUUGUAGCCGUUGCAAUCAGACUGGCCACUUCAGGACAACAUGCGCAGCACCUAUUUGAGUCUCAUUGUGGAAGGUGUUCGCUGCCUUAGAAUUUAGUAAAUGUUUCUUGUGCAGAGUGAAGAUAGUUUAUUAGAUCUUGCUGCUAUUUGUGGAGUUCUAUUAUUUAUCUUUUGCAAGUUCAUAAUGUAAUUCUUGCUACUGGCAAUCAUGUUUAGACUCCCCUUUAAUAAAAUGAUUAGGUCAUCUACAGAAGUCUGUUUUAA